AUGGUGGGAUUAAAGGGACUUGCGGCCCAGUUGUUUGCGAAGCAGAGUCUGGCCAAAGAGUUCGAUCCAGAGUCCGAAGAUCCCGUCGACGACGACAGCGACAACCGGAACGGUGACGCCGGCAGUGACAGCGAAGUCAGCGCGCCCGAAGAUACACAGGACACGGAGCACUAUGUUCAGGUCGGCAAAAGCAAGUUGCGCCGAAACGAGCCCGUCGCAUUAGGGCCGGCCUACCGAGGCGUGCGCAUCAGCCGGAAACAGCUGGAGCAGGAUGGCGAGGACGACGAGGACGGUGAGGAUGACGAAGAUGACGAAGAUGAAAGCGAAGACGAGGACGAGGAGUUUGACGACCCCGACGAGGUCGAUGUUGCGGGCGCCGAGGAGGUCCACACCGACGCCGAGAUCGACAGCGACGAAGCCUUUGGCGAGGACGAUGAAGACAUCAUAAAGAAAUUUACGUUCCGGGGGAGUGACAAACCCAAGACGCCCAAGGGCAAGCCAGUCUACUCUGGCGAGGAGAAUGAGGAGGCUGACGAAGAAGAGGACGAAGACGAAGACGACGAGGAAGAGGAUUCGGAUGACAACGAGGGCGGCGAGGUCGAAGACAUGGCUUCCAGUGGUGACGAUGACGAUGACGACGACGAUGGAGAUGAGGAGGAGGAAGAGGAUAACAACGACGACGAGCUCGACGCUUCUGCAGCAAAGGCCGAGGAGGAAGCACGGAAAAUCCUUGCGGAACAACGCCGUCAAGUGCUUUCCUCUAUAUCGGCGUCGGCCAAGGCAGAUGCCGACAAAGGUUUUGCAGUCCGCCAGCAACGGCGCACAUUUGACGCUCUCCUUAACAUGCGCAUUCGCAUUCAAAAGGCUCUGUCGACGGCCAACACACUGCACACUGUGGCCCAGGAGGACGCAGCCAGCACAGCCGCCACCGACAGCGCCGUGGAGGAGGCGGCCGCCAAGGCCAUUGAGCUGCUGAGCUCGAUCCACGACAUCCGCAAGUCCCUUUGUGACGCCGAUGGCUCAAGUACGAACGCCAAGCGGAAACGGCACAGCGCCAUCAGCGCCGACAGCUCGUGCCGGGCCAUCUUUGACGAGAUGACGGUUGCCGAGGAAGCCGCUGCGGCCAAGCGCCGCAAGGUGAUUGACCGCUGGGCCGCGCGUGUCCAACGUCCCUCGGCGGCAUCGGCCGCCGCCGCCGCCCGCCGGUUUACCGCUGGGGCCGCGCCGCAGCCCCUGUCGACGGUUCUGGACGGCCAGCUGGUCGCGGCCGAGCGGUUGGUGAAGCGCACGCGCACACCGCGGUCGUGCGCGCCCGUCCAGGCCGCCAAGAAGGUCGAGGAAGACCCGGAGAUUUUCGACGACGCCGACUUUUACCAGCUGCUCCUCAAGGAGCUCGUCGACCAGCGGACCGUCGACGGCACGGCGCCGGGUAGCGUGGCGCCCAUGGUACGGUGGGCCACCACGGCGGCCAAGGACGCCAAGACGCGCAAGCUGGUGGACCGCAAGGCCAGCAAGGGCCGCAAGAUGCGCUACAAUGUCCACGCCAAAUUGCAGAACUUUACGGCGCCUGAGGACCGGCGCGACUGGGAGCCCGAGGCCAUUGACCGCUUCUUCAGCUCGCUGUUUGGCCAGCGGAUGGCGCUGGCGGAGGACGAUGGCGCCGAUGAUGACGACGACGACGAGGAUAUGGAGAUGGGUGGUGCCAGUGUGGGCGAGGGCCUGCGGCUGUUUUAG